UCAUGAGAUUUAUUUAUUGGUACUGUUAUUUGAUUCAAAGCGAUGUGUCAGCCCUGGCUGGUGAUAUUUACCUUAUUUGUCAGUGCGAUCUGGCAAGGUGUUUUUAUUCUGGCCUUUGAUGGCAGCCGAGAAACUGAAACCUGCUCCGCGCCGAACCAGCCAUGCAAUGCGCCAUAUCCGAAACUUAGAAGACUUAAUGGUGUACAGGUAAGAUGGAAUAUCUCCUUCAAGGACUUUAACCUUCCUAAAUACAGCCUGCUACUGAACGUGUUAUUUGUCCUUACUAUAUCCCCCCUUUUUUCCUGUAUCUUAAAUUCAGUGUGCUUUUAAAAAUCCUGAUAAAUCUUUCCAUGCAAUCUCUCUGUAAGCCAAUUGUAAGUCUUAAUUUAAGUGUUGCGAUGUGAAUCUAAGGUAUGAAAGGUUAGAUAACCAAUUAUAUGAUAAGUCAUUAAGCAAUUUCAAAAAAUAAUUUUUAGGCUGCUUUAAGUUCUCAAGGUUGUUUGUUUUUAUUUUUCUUUAAAAUAUCACAUCUGUCAGGUUGGCCAUGUACAGAACGUCACAUUCACUGAUGGCAGGAUCCGACAGUUGAUUACUAAAAGCUUGAGACCACUUCUUUUUGGUGAGAAAAGAAUUUUGGAAACAUAUAUUUUACUCUUGAAAUAUUCAUCAAUUUCAAAAUGCCAAUACCUAUUUUUCAUUGGUUUAUUCAAUUUGGAAAAUAGUCCUCAAGACUUAGUAAUACCCUUCCCAAAAUGAUGCCUCCUAUUCAAGCUUUUGUUUGGUUUCCUCAAUAUGUGACAAUUGUUUUUUUAAUCUGCCACUUCAAAUACUUUUAUGUUAUUUCCACUAGAAAUACCCAACUUUUUAAGUACAGAGGAAUGUGAACAUAUAAUAAAACUCGCUGGCAAGAUGGGUUUGUAUGAAAGUACUACUCUGCCAGAUAUCGAAGACCCAAAAGGUGAGGUUAUUAACAGUAUUAAUUUAAACAUCCCAGAAAAUAUUGAUACCUCUCCUUAAAUGGCAGGGUUUACACAGUAGAUUGAAAAGUCCUUGAAUUUAAGGGGAAAUCCUUGAAAAGUCCUUAAAUUUCUAAGCAAGUCCUUGAAAAGUCCUUGAUUUUUCUUCAGCUUUGAAUGUAGUGGCCUGGAAAGUGUUUUUUAAUGCAUUUUGGCUGUUGAAGACAGAAUGUAAAUCAUAGCUCAGAUAGUGAUUUGCAUAAACUAUCAAUUUAAGAUAUUAAGUGAACUGAAAAAUGUAGAGAAACUGGCCGAGCAAACAGUUCAAGCCUUUAAGUCCUGUUAGAAUGAACUAGGAAUAUGCAUUUUUGUAAAAUCUGUGAAACUACAUUCCUGGUGGGUGGUCCUUGAAAAUCGAAUGUUGUGCUUGAAAAGUCUUUAAAAGAUGGUUGCAAUUUUUUGUAUGAACCCUGACUGGGGUUUCUUUGAUUCAACUCCCUACUCACCCCCUCACGUCCUUUUAGCUUCUCACUCAAUAUUAAUUUUGCUGUGUAUAUGUUACAGGUUUAAAUUAAAUCCCGUUUAAAGUUUUUUUUAUCCCAGGUUGAUUCACAAUUUCCUUUGUCUCCUAGUCCUAAUUAUUUCAGGAAUCAGGGCUAGGAAACGAAGGAAAUUGAGAGUCGACCUAGGUUAAUUCAAAGUUAACUUGAAAUCAAAUUUGACCUGUAACAUAUACAAAUUUAACCACUGUUGCUCUGUAGAAUAGUCUCAAUAUGCUGUACUAAAGAUCUGUAAAAGGGCAGGCUGUGACAGUAGCAAAUUUUGCAUGUUUAGUGCUGUUAUGAAAAAUUCUUUAGCAUUAGUAAUAAUAUUUCUGAUGUCACAAUUUUUUACUCUAUGAGUAAAAUAACAUUGUAAGACCAUCAAACCUAAUGUACCAGAAAUCCUCUAUUAAGCCCCUUUCUAAUAAAUAUGGUCCUUUUUACAAGAAUAAUGCUGAAGGCCCCUUCUUAAGCCUUCCCAGCUCCCAUGGCCAUGUUUAGUUUUACAUACAGUGAAAAGAGAAAGACUGCAUUAAGUGAUGGUUCUUCCCCUUUUUCGGCCGUGCCUAGCAGCACUGUGUUUCAUCAACCACACUGUUUUGCUAUAAACCUGAAUAUUUCCCUCUGUCUGAAUAUUCUCCACUUCCUGUGGCCCUCAAAGUUGCUUGAAAAAGAGUCCAGUGUUGCUUUGGUAUUCUUAAAAGUCAUGAAUACCACAACCCCACUUAACCUUGAGGAAGAAGACAUUUAAGGUUAAUGGUAUCUAACACUGAAACUUGUAGCUUCAACUGAAGUGGAAUUAAAAGAAGACUGUGAAGAGUUACUUGCAGCUGAUGAAAACAAUGAUGGCAAGAUUUCUUCAUCGGAGGUAUGAUAAGUAAUUAUUUUCGAGUAUAACAAUAUUUGUUAUAUUUAAUACAAUGCAAACAAGGGCUUUCACUAAUAACAUAAUAUGAGUCCAUGCUGUAAACUAUUUUUUGCUUUUUUCUUGUCUCUGGAAAUUAGAAUGAAUUUUUAAUAAAAGAAUCAAUACAAUUUUUUUGCAUGACAAUGAUUGUUAAUUAGAAGUGAUUUUAUCAAUUUAAAGUUUUUGUUAAUGAUAUAUGAAAUAAAUCAUAUAUGAACUGUGAAAAUGAAAUGAAAAUAAAGAAGUGAUCAUCGCAGUGAACACAAUAUGUGAAUUAGAUACUUUAAUGCAAUGUUUAAUGGAAAAAAUUACAUUUUUAUGAUAUUUGAUAUGUCUGAUUAUAAUAUAAUCAGACAUAUCAAAUAUCAUAAAAUCAUAAUCAUAUUAUGAUCUACCUCUUUCAUCAAAUCAGUGUUUGCCCAUCAUGUGACCUCAAGUGUUUUAUACAGGGAUAUACAGCUAAACUAAACAAUAAGUAACCUUUAACUUGUUUAUAACUGUCUCUUUCAAUCAUGUGAAUUUUUUACUUCCCACACCAGGCAGUAUCAAUAAAAAUAUUAUGAUUUUAUAAUGAUGGAGCCUCUGUAUGGCUACCCGCAGACAUCAAUUUUGUCAUGCAUAUUCUAUCAAGUCCUUGGUUUUUCAGGCAGAAUUGUCACACAUCAAGGAUUGUUUUGCAUGGUAAUGCUACUGGCAAACUCAGUGCAAACAUCACUGUGACAAAACAAACAUGCAACUCAAAGAGGUAACAGGUCUAAUGAGCAAAACAAAAAGUGUGAAAGUGCAGCACACUUUGUGGAAGGUUUCUUUGCCGUCAUUGCACAACUAACAUUGUCAAACUUGAUUGGAAUGGUAAAGUGAUUGGGCCUUAAUCUCUAAGAUCGUCACUCAUGCAUCAAUAGUGAUCAUUAGGAUUUUGAUUUCGUCGGAAAUACCCAUACAAUCAGGCUCUAUAAUGAUAUUGUAUUGUGUGAUAAGAUAUAUAGUUAACAGACAGUGACCAUCACUUUCAGGUGAGAAAAUCUUUAAACGAGACAGAUGGCAUUUUAGUAACAGUUCAAGAGAUUGAUUUGAUGUAAGUAAUUUUGAAUAAUUCAAUAACAUCCUUAGGGUUUUAGUUAAAAUGUUGUUUGAAAAUUGUUUUUUUUAAGUCCUACUGCAGUCUAAUAAUAAUUGAUGAGCAAAUUUUGGCUUACUUUGUUUUAUCAGGUUAAGGGAAAUAAACUUUGAUAAAGAUGGAGAUGGUAUGUUGAUACAAUAACUUUUUAAUUUUGCAUGGCAGAUAGCUAGCAGACAUAACUAGGGAUAUAGAAUGGCAAAUUUGGGACUUUGCAAGACUGCGAGACCCUGGUUUCAAAAUUUGAGACCAACAGUUGAAAAAAUUUGAGACUCCAAGACACAAAAUCACCCGAAAACGAGACUUCAAGACCCAUCACCAACACUUCAGAGAUUUCGAGAUCGGGUCCAAACUAUCCAAGAUCCGCUCUUUUGGAGGAACCAUUCUACACCCCUAUAACUUUGCAGUUGAUUGCUGUUACAGGUAACAGGUCACACGUGCAAGUCACUGUUCUAUCGAUCUAUUGGAUCAUGCUUAGGGCUAGCAGACACAAUUAGUGUUGUUUAUUUACCGUAGCGUGGUCACCUGUACUGUAACCUGCACUUGCGACCUGUGACCUGCAUUUGAACUGCCAUUUAUUUUUGUCUCUAAUAGGUAUCAGUAUUUACAGAUUAAAACAAUAGUUUUAUAGCCACUUUCAAAUCUGACUACCACUGAGUAUGAAAUUGAGUGCAAGUAUGACUUUGGAGUCUUGAGUUCAUUAUAUCCCCCAGUCUAUAACUUUUUCCCUUUGUUGACUAACAAGCUCAUAAAUAACAUUUAUGGAUAGGGUCAGCCUGUGUACAGAUGCCCCCUUCCCUCCAAAAAAAUAAGAGAGAGUCUCUCUCCCCGGAAGGGGGCAUCUGUACACAGUCUAGGAUAGGGUGUGCUUAACUUAGGCACAGGAGCCUGGUUUAAAAACCUGUACACUCCAAUCUAAAGGUCCCUACUAUGUGGUUUUAAUACAUAAACAGGAGUGUUUUGUACUUUACAAAACACAAACCACAAGUAUAAACAAGAGAAGUCUGAUAGCCCGUUCCGGGGGUGUACAGUGCAAAGAGAUGUGAGCCGGAAAAACUCCUUCUUUCCUCUCCCUCUUGUCCGCCUUAUUUUUUUCCCGUUCUCUGACUAGAUGGGCCGCACCCUACUACCUGAAUCCCUGGAAUAGGCUUGAAGUCUGAAGGAGAUAUGGGUGCAUUUGUUGUUGCCAUUCUGUCAUUCUAGGCUCCAUUCAGUCUCAACCACAUGUACAUCAUUCGCACAAGAUAAAUGUGAACAAAUCAGUCACUGAAGUGUCUUUUGAUAAACUGAGCUGGCCAUUAGUCUCCUUUGCAGCUGUUCUUUGUGUUUUCAUGCAGUGCUGCAACUUUGGAGCAUUGCAUGACAACACAAAAAAUGGCUUCACAGGAGACUAUAGAUAACCAUAGGUUCUUUUCAAUUUGAUCUUAUCAUUCUUUUACUGUUCAUUUCUACAAGGUGAGAUAAGUUUGACUGAAUGCAUGGAGGGUGACCAUGCAGUGCUUGAACGGUACAUGAAAAAACUGGAAAAUAAUCAUCCACGAUACCGAACCAGACUUAGCCAACAGACAUGGCUGACGAUGACUGGAAGCAAGGAUGCAGUGUUGAGGGAUAUACAAGAAAGGCAUGGACACACAUCUUUAGUUUGAUUGUUGUGUAAGCCCCUAAACUACCGGAGUGUACGAACAUAUGUAUUGUUUCAAUUCCAAAUGAGUAAGAAAGAAAAAGAAAUAGUUUGAUGCUAAUUCAAAAUGGAUUUUAAGAAAUCUUUUUUGUUGCUGUACUAAUCUAAGUAAUGAUGACUUAAUUUCUUAAAGGCCGGGUCUGAGAAUGGGUAUGGAUUUUAGAGGCCAGGUUUGAAAAUGGGUGUGAAAAAUGACAUUUUUUGGUCUGAAAUAGGGUCAGGAUUUGGAGAACUGGGCAGCACACUUUUGAGUCUGUGGACGAAAUCGUAUGAUGUGACCAUUUAAAUGAAAGCACUCUUCCUGUACUUACACAUGGUGCUAUUUAUUUUUCAAAAUUUCACAAAAUGAAAUUUGGAAAUUUGGCUAAAAUUUGCUUUUGGUAAAAUUUGGCAGUGAAAGGGUUAAAGAGGUAUCAUCUUGAGUAGAUGCCCAUAAAAAGGAGUUGACUGUUAACUCUGCAGUAGUUAGGGAGCAAGGGUGGCAAAAUGAUGAGACCCGGGCCACUCGCCUCCCACUGAUGUGGCCUGGGUUCAAAUCCUGUCAUCACUUAACGUGGGUUGAGUCUGUGGUUGGUUCUCUCCCUUGCUGCUCCAAGAGGCUUUUCUCUGGAUACUCCGGUUUUCCCCUCUCCUCAAAAACCAACAUUUCCAAAUAGCUAAUUCUCAGGUUUUUCUUGAUAUGUUUUUGUUAUUACUCUAUGACUUUUGCAUGCAUUAGUCAUGGCUGUUCACACUGGCUACUGCUGGUUGCUACCAGUGUCUUAGUCAUGUCUAUUAUUUUGUGUGUUUAUGAGCGUCCUUAUAAGACAGUAUGUAAUACUACUUUUCUGUGAUAUAUGAAUUUCUGCUAUGUGCUGUCUAGGCGAUGAGAAUUUAGGCUGCGAGUUGUCAUUGAUUUUCAUUGUAAGUUUUAGAUAUGUAGAUUAAUUAUUCAUAUACUGCCUGACAGCAGAAAUUUUAUAUAUUAUUAUUUGGUGAAUAUCAGUAUGUGUUGGAAUACUGUCUUACCAGCUGCAAAAAAUAACUUUUUGAUUAAUUGUCACAUUUCGUUUUAGAGUGAUACAGUUGACCAAAUUACCAAGGGUAUUUGUGGAGCGCAGUGAAGAAUUGCAGGUAAGCUGUGACUUCGCUUACAGCCCCUGGGCUGGCAAAGGUCGGGCUCAUUUUUGAACAAAAAAUUCAGUGUCCAUUGUUGUGCGAGGUAAAAAAUAAUGGUCUAUUAUUUGCGGUUAAAAACUGUCCUAAUAUGUGUUCAAACGGCCUUUUUUGGCAGAUAGUUGGGAGCUUGAGCGAUCACGACCGUCGACGACUACAGACCUGUCUCCCUUACGUGUUCGAUCUGUAAAGUUAUGGAGCAUGUUAUAUACCAUCAUGUUUUUGGACAUCUUAGCCACUAUAACAUUCUGAAUAGCCUGCGUAGCAAGCGUUUCUGUGCGGUUUAGGAGCAAAGAACGAGAAACAAGAGUCAAAGACCGCGCGAAAAAUGGCUCGUUUAAUUUCUCGCGCGAUCAAAACCGAAAAUCCCCUUCCACGGUCUCUUUUUGCUCCGAAACCAAACGGAAACGCUUGUUACGCAGGCUACAUUCUGAAGGACUAAUUUCAGGACUGUCGUUAAGAGUCGGGGGCCGGGGAUUUCCCGGCUACUACGAACGUGGUCCCUGGCUACUUUCAAAGUGAAUAGAAGAAAAAUAGAACCAAAAGAACCCUUGCUGUUUGAUUCCCUGCCUCCUUUUGUAUUCACCUGGCAACUUAAAAUCUUAGUGACAACCCUUAAUUGACAGAAACUCAAUAGUAUACAGGCUGUAGAGGGUAAGGCGGCCCGCUUCUUCAAGAACUGCUGGAAUAGAGAACCAAGGACAUUGACUCGUUUGAUCCAGGAACUUAACUGGGAGCCUUUACAGAUGAGACCAGAAAGAGCGAAGCUGAUGCUGUUCUUCAAGAUAUCCCGAUGCUAUCAUAUGUCCAGCCACUACGUUACUGCAGAACCCGUCAGUACCAUUCUGCGAGAUACAUUGCUGUGAACUUUUACACUAACGCCGAAGUACAAGGGGAGUUUCUUCCCCGCCACGAUAAACUUGUGGAAUUGCCUACCUCCUGAAGUGAUUACUCAGCCGAACAUCAAGGCUUCAAGGCUGGCCUGGAAAAUUUUUAUAUGAAUUGAUUUAUUGAUUUAGUUUCUUAAUGUUUUUUAACACUUUCUUGUAUAUUUUGUUUAUUUUGCAUUAUUAUUAUUAUUAUUACUGUGGAUAAUAUGAAUAAUGCAAACGUAAACGUCUAGCACUUGAAUGCGUCUUUUUAAGCUUCAUUGUGAAUAUUCCAACUCGCUCAACUGUAGGUUAACAUCACUACUGCUGUUUUUCAGGUUGUACAGUAUGGAAUCCAUGGCCAUUAUCACGCGCAUUAUGACUCGUCACGGGAUAAUAAUGCUUCUAUCAGGAUAUGUUGCAGAAAUGCAGGAGGAGGAAACGACACGAAUUGCAGCUUGUGUCGGUAAAGAAGAUUUUCUGUUACACUGUCUUGUCAAGAGAGGCACAUAUGUCCGGGUUUGCGCGCAGGUGAAAAAAAAAAAUGCGAAAUUUGCAAAUAAUUGGAAAUUUUGCCAAGUCAGGAGGAAGAGAGGGUAAUGAGUUCCUAGUUUGUACACUAGAACAGCUUUCUCAACCCAUUCACAACCAAGCGCGGGAAAUUGUGCGAUCAGCUAUAAAAGUCGGCAAAAUAUUGUUAAAAGGGCAGGAAAAGAUGUAAUAUGUACGGAUGUCAAUCAAUAGGCCAUUUCCGUAUUCCACCGGGCCUCUGUUUCAAAACGAGGUUAAGUGCUCAGCCUUUGAUAUGGAAAUGAUUUUUCAUUCUCAUGCAAAUAAAACUCAUUUCCACAAGAAAGGUUGUGCACUUGGCCUCAUUUUGAAAGUGAGGGUUUUUGGAACUUGGAAGUGGCUUUUUUAUUUCCAUACGCGUGCUCUACGACCUUGAAGGGAAAUAUAAGGAAGCUUAAGCAACGGCGACUUCAACGAGAACAACAAAAAAGCAAUAGGCUUUGAUUGGCAAAACAACAACUCUGCACGUGCGUCACGCAUCUAGUUUUGCGCUUUUCUUCGCCGUCACUGUACAACUACGACGUGAAAGUACUUAAUUUCACGUUUUGUGGAGGACGUGAACACAAGACGACGACUUUCUUUCGAUACAGUAUUUUAGAAUUCAACUCCAGAAAAAAAUGCCAACAAUUGUACGAAUUGAACGAGAUGGAAUAAACGCGAUAAAGUUUGAAGCAGCGCGAAUUCACUUUUUAAGUGACGUUUUCGUAACCGUUGCCGUACGUCGUCGUUGCUUAAGCUCCCUAAUAGAAGGUCUGUGAACAGGUAGCCUGUUCCAGGAGUCCAGACUGUGGGGACGACACAAAGAGUUGUGAGUAGGAAAAACAGCAAGGGGUGGCUGACUUAGCACCGCACACCACCAUCUGAAGGCCUGGAAUAGACUAUUGAAGAGACUAAAUAAGCGAAUGGUCAACAAAAAACUAUGAACAAAAGUGCCAUCUCGUGGUUUGAGUUCCUCUAGAUCUCCUCCAGUAAAGAGGCUGUCGGCUUGGCGCUACACGUCCUGUUACAUGCCUUUCUGGGUGGAGUGUUUGCAGCACGAUUGAUUAUAGUAAAGGCCACGUGACCACUAAUCAGCCAAUAGGCAAUUUCCGAGUUCCAAGACUUUCACUUUCAAUGCGAGGUUAAUUGCAAAACCUUUUUUAUAAAAAGGAGUUUUAUUUUCAUGCGAAAACUGAAAAUCAUUUUCAUUUCAAUGGCUUUACACUUGGCAUUGCUUUAAAACAGAGGCUAGGGGAAACUCGGAAAUGGCUUACAAUAGUCGCAGUAAUAAACUUAGUAAAGAUUGUUUUCGCUUUUGUGCCAAAAACUAAUUCUUCUUUCAGGUUUCUGACGAUAUUAUAUUACCUCAACGAUGUUCCCCGUGGCGGCGAGACGGCUUUUCCUGUCGCUGAUAAAGAGAUUUUCGACCAAACGGUGAGAAACGCGAUCUGCGAAACUUAUAGAAUUCGUUGAAACACGAGACGAAAGCUGUGUUUUUCCACGUCACACCUCUUCAACCAGCUUAUCUAUCCUUUCCCUGUCUACUCUUUUUCCUUCUUCCCACAAUAUUGAGCUCUGGGCUCAGUUGUUAGAUGACCGAGUGAUUAGGGCUCGCCCGGGGUGAAAAUUUUAACCCGGAUUUCAUUUUCUUUUUCAACAUAUGUGACGAGGUUUGUGGGCAGGCGUUCCAACCUAUGAAAUAAUUGCUUUGAGUAGAAUUUUGAGCAGUAUUUACAAGCUUUUGACUUUUUUAUGCAACCGUCCUUUAUUUUAUGCACUUGUUCAUGUUCACAGUCAAUCAGUAGGCCCUCCGUUCUUUCAUUCAUUUAGUUGCUCAUUCAUUCACCUGUCUGUUCAUCAAGUAAAUCGUUUNAGACGAAAGCUGUGUUUUUCCACGUCACACCUCUUCAACCAGCUUAUCUAUCCUUUCCCUGUCUACUCUUUUUCCUUCUUCCCACAAUAUUGAGCUCUGGGCUCAGUUGUUAGAUGACCGAGUGAUUAGGGCUCGCCCGGGGUGAAAAUUUUAACCCGGAUUUCAUUUUCUUUUUCAACAUAUGUGACGAGGUUUGUGGGCAGGCGUUCCAACCUAUGAAAUAAUUGCUUUGAGUAGAAUUUUGAGCAGUAUUUACAAGCUUUUGACUUUUUUAUGCAACCGUCCUUUAUUUUAUGCACUUGUUCAUGUUCACAGUCAAUCAGUAGGCCCUCCGUUCUUUCAUUCAUUUAGUUGCUCAUUCAUUCACCUGUCUGUUCAUCAAGUAAAUCGUUUUUCCGUUCAUCUUUUACAGGAGUUCCAUGAAAAGGAUUUGUCAAAUUUAAGCACUCACUGCUAUGAUGCGAAUAUAGUGGUUCGUCCCACUAGAGGUACAGCGAUCAUGUGGUACAAUCACGUGGUCGAUAACGUGACUGGUUUGUUGGGAGCGCAAGACGAGCGUUCUUUACAUGGCGGAUGCGAUGUUCUGGAGGGUCACAAGUGGAUUGCAAAUAACUGGAUAAAUGCGCCAUUCAAAUGGACAGAUUAG